GGGACGCCAUAGCGCUUCUUACGUCACUCAUGCGCGUCAAGAUCAGCUGUUUAGCAAAACAUUGCGUCCAACUCACUCUCACGCUCUCUCUCUCUCUCCUACCUCUCUCACUCUCUCUCCGUGUGACCUCGCCUGACCUCCCCGUGACCUCGUUGUGACCCAUGAAUCAUGGGGGGUAGCUCCUCUAGGCUGAAGAGAUGGAUGGGCGCCGAGGAGGAGGAGUCCGACGGCUGCCAGAAGGUCGUCAAGAAGCUGGCUACGCCUUUCGUUUAUACGAGGAGGGGGUCUAUGUUCUUCGAUGAGGAUGGCGACGUUGCGCACGAAUUCUACGAAGAGGUGCCGCCACUCCGGCGUGGCGUUAAAGCCACUAUGAAGAGAAUACUGACAAACUUAACUCCGCAGGGAGAGGUGCGGCUGCCAUUUCCCUGCCUGAAUGUAGACUUUCCAAUCGUCCUCUACCAGGACAGCUGAGACACGUUGGGCUGAUGUUUCGACUCCCGGAGCAAUCCGGCGGAAAUCCCUUUGCAUAAGAGACAUUGAUUACGUCUGGAAUAAUCACUUCCACGUUUCGAUGAAUGCGUAUGCGAACCGUUUCCCCAAAGUCCCAUUGUGUUGUGAAAGAGACAGGACUUUUUUGUAGACACAAGGAUAUUAAUUCUUCAUAAUGAAGCCUGAAAAAGUGACGGACGUGCGUAAAGAGAAUCUCCGAGAGACCAAUCUCUUUCCCCCCUCCCCCAGGUGUCCACGUUUAGGUGUUGCCCGUACUUUUCCCUCAUUCCUCCCCCACCCCCUCCCCCUCCCCCACUCCCCGAUGGGAGAGAUCCAUCGAGAGAAGGGGUGCUUACAGCUAAAGCUUCCAAAAGUCUUUCUCUUUUCAAGAUUAUGAUAUAGUCAUGUUGUACUCCAGUCGUCAGAUACACAUCAAUAUAUAACUAUACUUCCCCUGAAAUAUUAUUGGCUUAUUGCUGUGUCACUGACAUGAGCUUGUCCUUUAGAGAAUUCCCCGUGCAACCUUAGCUCCAUUUGUAUAAAGUAGCGGG